CACCCCCGUCGCCAGGCUACCCCCAUCAUCUGCAACCUGUGCUCCCUGUACAUCUCCCCCAUCUCCCUUCCCUAGGAUCAUACUGUACAUUAUAUUGCAUAACUUGUGUUCUCCCUCCCAUUCUGCUGUCUGUCUCAUUCUGUAGACCCUCAUAUCCCUCAGCUGCAUUAGGUCUCCCUCCCUCCCUCCUCUCAGUCCAGCUGAGGAACAUAUUAUACCCCCCCCCCCCCCCCCCUGCCUCCUCCCCCUCUUUGGUCAUCUAUCUUGUGUCAUCCUCAGACUUGAGCUUCAGAUAUUCAAGAUGCAGCCAAGGAACCAGGUCUUUUUGGCACAAGCCGUUCUGAUGUUGCUCCUCGCACUACUAACUGUCAGCUGUGAGGGGUCUAAACCAGUAAAGCGAGCACCACCAAAGACCAAGGCCUGUGCUGACCGCCAGGAGGAGGUGUUGGAGCAGAUGUAUGGACACCUGGCUGCUGGUAUGCUUAGCGCCUAUCACCACACACUGCAGCUUCAGCCACUUGAGAAGGAGAACAUCAGCUGCCCAGCUGGGACCCGAGGUAGAGCUCCGGCAGACGGCAAGCAGCGGCUACCGGUCAAUAUCCACAGCAUAUCCCCAUGGGCAUACAGAAUAACAUACAACCCCAUGCGGUAUCCCAAGUACAUCCCAGAAGCAUAUUGUCUCUGCAAGGGUUGCCUGACUGGACCCUAUGGAGAGGAAAACUUCAACUUCCGCUCUACUCCAGUCUACAUGCCUACAGUCAUCCUCCGUCGUACAUCUUCAUGCACUGGUGGUCGCUAUGUUUAUGUUGAGGACUACAUCACUAUCCCAGUCGGCUGCACUUGUGUACCGGAUCCCGAGAAGGAGUCGGAGGCGGACACUGCAAAUUCCAGUCUGGAGAAAGAGAAGUUCAAGGUUUCUAUCAAUAAAAGUGAGAAACCAUCGUCCAACUGAUUUACAGAGUAUGGAUCAGGACAAGGUUGGCUUUGGGAAGCCCUCAUAAUUUCUCUACAGGUACAAUGGUGGUAGGAUGUCCUAGAGUAAACACAAAUCUUGACGGAUGAGAGGGUCCAGAGUUGUGCUGCACUGUAAAGCAGGGUUAGAGAAGAAAUAUAUAUUAAAUGUUAUGUAAAUCUAGCUGCACUGGGGUGAGGACCAUGAUACUCAACAAUCAGUCAGGGAUGGAUGGUAAGUGUCUACUAUGGACACUAGUGACAGUCGCUUACAAUUCCCAAUAGUCCAGAUGGGGAGAAACACAGUUAAGUGCACAACU